UGACCCACACAGGUAAUUUUCAAAGGUGGGAUCUUCCACUGUGGCAGUGAAACCUUAGAGCAUUCAGAGAGAGGGGCUUUGGCUGGGAGGCAGGCAUGGCAUCCAUGGCACACCUCCGCCUUGCUCUCUACACUCCAAGACUCGUCCCACCGCCAAGAAACUUAAGAAGACCCUCCAAAAUUAAGUCCCAGGGCGGCGCCCCCGCUGACACUCCCGGCACCGCCACCGCCUUCUCUGCCAGCAAAUGGGCCGAUCGCCUCCUCAGCGAUUUCCAGUUCCUCCCUCCGCCACCCACCACCAUCGCCGCUUCCGACCGUUCCACCGAGCUGACAUCACUCCCGCCUCCCCCACUCGCUCCUCCGGAGCGUGAUGUGUCUAUUCCGCUCCAUUUCUACCAGGUCUUGGGCGCUGAGGCCCAUUUUCUUGGUGAUGGUAUCAGACGAGCGUACGAAGCAAGGGUUUCGAAGCCGCCUCAGUACGGGUAUUCUCAGGAGGCAUUGAUCAGCCGGAGGCAGAUUCUUCAGGCGGCUUGCGAGACCCUAGCGAACCCUAGGUCGAAGAGAGAGUACAAUCAAGGUCUGGCCGAAGAUGAGGUGGAAACGAUUAUCACCCAAGUGCCUUGGGAUAAGGUUCCUGGGGCGUUGUGUGUGCUGCAAGAAGCAGGAGAGAAUGAGAUAGUGCUUCAAAUUGGAGAAAGUUUGCUUAGAGAAAGGUUGCCCAAAUCUUUCAAGCAAGAUGUUGUGUUGGCGAUGGCACUCGCCUAUGUUGACUUGUCUAGAGAUGCAAUGGCAUUGUCUCCUCCUGAUUUUAUUAAAGGUUGUGAAGUGCUUGAGAGGGCUUUGAAGCUGUUGCAGGAGGAAGGAGCCAGCAGCCUUGCGCCAGAUUUACAAGCACAGAUAGAUGAGACAUUGGAAGAGAUCACUCCACGUUGUGUUUUGGAACUUCUGGCUUUGCCCCUUAGUGAUGAAUACAGGACAAGAAGAGAAGAGGGUCUUCAAGGUGUUCGUAACAUUUUAUGGGCCGUCGGAGGUGGUGGAGCAGCUGCAGUAGCUGGGGGGUUCACCCGUGAGGAUUUUAUGAAUGAAGCCUUCUUAUGUAUGACAGCAGCUGAGCAGGUUAAUCUAUUUGCAGCUACCCCAAGUAAUAUCCCAGCAGAAAGUUUUGAGGUUUAUGGAGUGGCACUUGCACUUGUUGCUCAAGCCUUUGUGGGUAAAAAGCCUCAUCUCAUCCAAGAUGCUGACAACCUGUUCCAACAACUUCAGCAGACGAGGAUAAUGACCCCGGGGAACCCUGUCUCUGCAUAUACUCCUGGACAGAACUCCGAGAUAGACUUUGCUUUGGAAAGGGGUCUCUGUUCAUUGCUUGUGGGAGAGAUUGAUGAAUGUCGCUCAUGGUUGGGAUUAGACAAUCAUAGCUCACCAUACAGAGAUCCAUCUAUUGUAGAGUUUGUUUUGGAGAACUCCAAGGAUGACCAUGAUAAUGAUCUACUUCCAGGGCUGUGUAAACUUCUGGAGACAUGGUUGAUGGAGGUGGUUUUCCCCAGAUUUAGAGAUACUAAAUGUGUCCAGUUCAAGCUUGGAGAUUAUUAUGAUGAUCCUACGGUCCUGAGAUAUCUUGAGAGGCUGGAGGGAGUUGGUGGAUCACCAUUAGCUGCAGCAGCAGCCAUUGCAAGAAUUGGAGCUGAGGCUACUGCAGUCCUUGAUAAUGUUAAGGCUAGUGCAAUUCAGGCACUGCAGAAGGUGUUUCCUGUUGAUCACGGAAAUGAGAAUUUGAGACGUGAAGAUAGUGGGAUAAAUAAUUCCGUUCCUGUUGUAGAAAGUGAGGAGCCUUGGCAAAAUCCUGCUAGAGAUGAUUCUGCCAGCAUAGCUGAAAUUCCUAAGGAAAAUAGUUCUGAUGAAAUAUAUGAACAAAAAUUAAUUACCGACAAAAUAAAAGAUGCAAGUGUGAAGAUCAUGUGUGGUGGUGUGGUGGUUGGACUGAUGACUUUGAUUGGCUUGAAGUAUUUACCAGCUAAGAAUAACUCAUCCAUUCUACGUAAGGAAGUUGGUUCAGCAAUGGCAUCUGAUGUCACCAACGUGGGGUUGGUUGAAAAUUCUGAGGAAGUACCCAGAAUGGAUGCAAGAUUUGCUGAAGGUCUAGUUCGCAAGUGGCAGAGCAUUAAAUCUCAGGCUCUUGGACCCGAUCAUUGCCUUGGAAAAUUGCCAGAGGUUCUUGAUGGUCAGAUGUUGAAGAUUUGGACAGAUCGUGCAGCUGACAUAGCACAGCACGGCUGGUUCUGGGAAUACACUUUGCUAAACCUGACAAUUGACAGUGUCACCGUCUCACUAGAUGGGCGACGUGCCAUGGUGGAGGCAACUCUAGAGGAGUCAGCCCGCCUAACUGACACUGUGCAUCCAGAGCACAAUGACUCAUACAGCACAACCUACACAACAAGGUAUGAGAUGUCCUGUAAUAACUCAGGAUGGAAAAUUACUGAAGGAGCUGUGCUCAAGCCCUAGUGUAAAUACUUUCUCUCUGAUAUCAGUUUCUCAAUCUUAUUCAUUGUUUUUGUUCUCAAUCUUCCAUGCAUUUAGGCCAAUUUUGUUGUUACAGUCCAUGGAUAUGGUAAGUUUUUGCUCAUACAUCUCUAGGUUAUUGUUUUCAGUA